AUGUGUUAUAACUGUACCCAUCCUAUGCAAAUUACUGUGAUAGAUGGAGAGAAGUUCUUUCGAGAGCAUCCGUAUGUGACUGAUCGCCCUCAAGACCUUCCUCUAUCUCUCAACGCAUUGGGUUUUCUUGAUUCUCUCCCUUCGGCAGAGCUUUCUGAGGAGCAUUAUGAAUGCCCUAUAUGCCAAGAAAUCUUAGAAGCAGAAGGUGACGUGAAAAUGGCCCCAUGUGGGCACACUUUUCAUCGGAUUUGCCUUGGUCGAGCCGUGGAUCAUACAAAUGGGACUUGCCCAAUAUGCCGUCGCCAUUUUCUGUCAGAUGAAAAUAAUGAGAAUUCUGAAGGCACAAAUGCUCCUGGUGGGAGCGAGGAGAAUGUUCAGCCUGAUGAAAAUGACAGUGAAGAUAACGAUGGAAAUGAGGAGACCGAUUCUGAAGAGAAUGAUGGUGGAAAUUAAGUAAUGGUGGUGGAUCUCUAGCUUGUGGUGUAUUUUUGUUGAUAGUUAAUUUAAAGUUUGUGUCUUCUUAGGCUAAUAUUCUACUUCUGUAAAACUUAGCUAGGAACUUGGGGACCAGAGUUGUCUAUUAGGUUUGGUUUGUCAUGUUUGUAAUCUGUAAACCUGCUUGUAUGUGUUUACUUUAACUUUGUUAAAUGAAAUCUCCGUAGCUAAAAUUAGGAAAA